GUCGGUGGGUGGGUUGGUUGUUGAUUAAGCCUCUGACCAGUUGUGAAUUCAGUUGCAUCAAGGAAAAUAGUUCUAAGCAAGAGUGGUUUUUUAGCUAUUGUGCUUGGUAAUUUUAUCCUUAUUUUAAAACUUUUUGAUUGCGUUUGGAGUUCUUUUUGGGGUGCGUAGGUCUAUUUUGUUCAUACGUUCUCUUUUUAUGAUUUGGGAAGUGAUGUGUUCUGGAAAUUUGAGCAGGCAUUGGUGUCCUGGUGUCCUGUUAAUGAUGUAUUACAUUUUCCUUGGUGAGAACUAACAGUUGCUUAGGGAGUCCAUUUUUUGUUUGUAAUCUGACUUUUCUUGUUAUUUCAUUCUUGAACAUUCGUAGCUGUUCUUCUUACUGUGAACUGGCAAGUAGUCAUUUAGUUUGUAAUCUGUUUAAUCUAGGUGUUAUUUCGGAGGGAGAGUGGGUCUGUGGGUGAGUUGGUUGUGGAUUCCGCCGUUGACCAGUUGUGAAUUCUGUUGCAUCAACGAAUAUAGUUCUAAGCAAAGAGUAUUUUGGUAGCUGUUGUGGUUUGGUUAUUUAUAUCCUUCUAUGUGUUUUUCGUUCCUAUUGGUUUUGGUAUCAUGAUAAUGCCUUUUUGAUAUGAUAUAUUUUUAGUGAUUUAGCAUUUUGGGUAGGAUCAUUCAAUUUCCCUAUGCCUUCAUGUUCAUAAGAACUAAAGACAGUUUUUGUACUUUUCUUUUGCUGAUGCUCUGCAUUUAUUGUGAUUAAGUGGCUAAGGAGGGAGGUUUAAUAUGUUAUCUUGUUCAGUUGUUGUGAAAUGCUAUUGUGUUUUAGAAUUUUCCCCUCCUUUUGGCCUUUUGUAUGGGGCCUCAAAUUGAUUCUUUUGCGCACUAUGGAAUGUAGCGUGGACAUUUUGAACAUUGUGUAUUAUCCAGUUGAACAUUUUUUUUCCUGCAAGUUGAAGCUUCCUUGAAACUACUUGUGUAACAUGAAGGUUCUAAAUUGGCACUGCUCUCUGUUUCUCUAGUGUCUUGUGCUGUUAUAUUCAUCCACAUGCUUAUGUUCUUACCACUACCAGAGGCGGCUUUAUUUAGGGGGACGGUGUAAGCCUAAUCUAAUAAUGUUAUUUGGUGCUCUGGUAUGUGUAUAUUAUUUGUGCAGUCUGCUUCUAUAUUUUCUUUUGUUUGUUAUAACGCCAAUAAAAGGGGUCUGUGUAUUAAUAUCUGCUAUAGAAGGGUUGAGCCAUAACAAAUGAGAAGCUAUCCAACUUCUGUAAUGAUGUUAGGGAUGUUGAUCUCCAGUUCCGAGGUUGUUGUUUUUUGUGCUACCAUUGUAAGUCUUUCUGGCUUCUAGAAAAAGGAGGUUGUCUGGUCUUUUAUAUAUGAUGCUUUGGUCACCUUUGUUCUUUUCAUUUGGUGGUGUUCUCCCGCAUUGCAGAUGGUAGAAUCUUUGGACUCUUUUUACCUCAAUAAGUAUAGCCGAUUCUCUCUCCUCUUGCACUUAAGGUAUCCUUUUCUUUCGAUAUUUAGCAAUCCCGAAUUAGAACAGAUGUCCCUGGCAAUGUUAAGUAAAGCUAAUUUCUUUCUCCUCUUUCGCUUGACGUAUGUAGUUAUUACUUUCCAUAUUUAGCAAUAAAAAAUGCAAGAAUUCUCUGCACUUUCAGCUUCAGGAAUGUGGCUUUUACGUACUGUUAAGUUUUAAGGUUUAUAGUGUUCAUCCCGCAUCUUCUUUGUAUUCUGGCUAGGUCUGAGAUGCUCCGUUUGAAUGCAUAUGAUGACAUACAGUUCCUUAUGGGAUACGGGUUCUUAUCCUCCUUUAUUCCUUGAUUUUGUCUACGUGAAAAAGGUGUUAGAUUUUUGUUUGCACACAGCUUGCUUAGGUCUUCUAUUUACAGAUUAGCAGUCUUAUGUGCUUUGGCAUCUUUUUUAGAUUCACGUUCUUUUGUGUGUUUGUCAUCAGUUUUCCAAGUUGUUGCUUUAUAAAUAGAGUUGGUGUCUGGAGCUGCUUUCUUCAUUUUGUUUCAGGUGUUGUGUGAUACCAUCUUUCCUAGUUGAUCAAUAUUGAUGUUGCUUUUCUUUGUUCUGUGUUUGUCUAUUAUUUUUCAGGUUUUGAUCUUGUGCGGUGUGGUGUGUGGACGGUAGUCUUGGUUGUUAUGUUGUUAGAAUUGGACUUUGAUGAUAUAGAUGCUAGUACUUGCACUGGGUACAAGUUCUUGGAAUGUUCCUUCCAUGGAGAAAAUCAGUUUUGCAUGUUUCUUUAUUGCUUUCAUUACUAGUUGUCCGAGUGUGUAUGUCCCUGAUUUUGUUAUGAGGGAAUUAUUUCCUUUGAUCUGAGAGUUAUUAGUUGGUGCAUUGUUUUUGUGUGGAACCCUUGUAACUCCGCCUGUCAAGUCACAGCCGGUCCCAAGCCCGGAAAAAGGAGGAGGGCAAGUAUCAAUUGUUUGGAGGUGCUGCUUUUCCUGCGUGGCUUGUAGGCCUCAAAUCUACCAGUUCUAAGCCUUGAAAAAGGAGGUGGCAGUGUGUUCAAGGGAUAUUGCUUCUCCUGUGCACUUAAAGCUGUUGGUGAGUUUUUACUGCGAGCUUUCGGGACGGUGUCCGUCAUUCUCAACAAGAAAAGAAGAAGAAGAAGAAUGUCUCUGCUCUAAAUUAUGGUUUUGGACCACUAUAUUAAACCUGCAAGGAGUUUUUCUUCUUAUUUACUCCUUCUGCAUUUUAUUUUUUUCGGUGUAAUCUGGAGGAAUAGAUGAUAGUGGAGGCAGCGUUGGAGUUUUUCUUGCCGUCGUGGUGGGAGGUGCAAGUCGCCGUCGCCGCCGCCUCCUUCGUCAUCCUCUCUUGCUGGUUCUUCAACCUCGGCGGAGUUGAUAUAGUUGAUUAUCGCCCUCGUGUUGACGGUUCUCCGACUGUCAGAAGUGAGAAAGUGGAGGACGAUCCAGCAUGUAGGGAUCGUAUGAGCCAGUUAAAAGGAGAUUCUCAAACUACUUCUGCCUAUGUAAUCAAGGUUGAACUGUUAGCUGCUAAAAAUCUUACUGCUGCUAAUUUGAAUGGGACUUCAGAUCCAUAUGCAAUCAUCAGUUGUGGCUCACAAAAGAGAUUUAGUUCAAUGGUUCCUGGUUCAAGAAAUCCUAUGUGGGGGGAGGAGUUCAACUUCUCUGUUGAUGAGCUUCCAGUAGAGAUUAAUGUGACAAUAUAUGACUGGGAUAUAAUUUGGAAAAAUGCUAUUCUUGGUUCAGUAAUGAUACCUGUUGAAAAUGAAGGUCAAACUGAUGCAGAAUGGCAUACCUUGGACAGUUCAUCAGGACAGGUUUAUCUUCAUAUUAAAACAUCAAAACUCAAUGUCAAAUCUUUAAGAGGUUUGAAUGGCUACGCUAAUGCUCGUAGAAGGAUCACUUUGGAUAAACAAGGACCUACUGUAGUUCAUCAGAAACCUGGGCCUCUGCAAACAAUAUUUGAUCUCCCUGCUGAUGAGGUUGUUAAACAUAGUUAUUCAUGUGCUCUCGAAAGGUCAUUCUUGUAUCAUGGCCGUAUAUAUGUCUCAACAUGGCAUAUCUGCUUCCACUCAAAUGUAUUUUCAAAGCAAAUAAAGGUAAUUAUUCCUUUUGCAGAAAUAGAUGAGAUUAGGAGGAGCCAGCAUGCAUUUGUUAAUCCUGCUGUUACAGUAAUUCUCCGCAUGGGUGCUGGUGGCCAUGGGGUGCCUCCUCUAGGAAAUCCUGAUGGUAGAGUAAGAUAUAAAUUUGCAUCUUUUUGGAAUAGGAAUCAUGCAUUGAGAUCGUUGCAACGUUCAGCAGAUAAUUAUCAUGACAUGCUAGAAGCUGAAAAGAAGGAGAUGGAACAGUCAGCAUUGCGUGCACAUAGCAGCUCAGUUAAAGGAUUUAAUAAGAUGGAAAUAAAUCAGGAAGAAAGUGUGACCAAAAUUCAGAAAUCGCAACCAUUUAUUAAAGAAGAAGUCCUCUCUAGUGUAGAUAAUGAUGGUUUGACAUGCACAGCCGAGCAAUUUUUUGACUUGCUAUUGGCUGAUGGUUCAAAUUUCACUAAUGAGUACCGUGCAGCAGGGAAAGAUUUCAAUCUCAAGAUGGGUCAAUGGAAUUCUGCUGAUGAUUAUGAUGGUCAAGUCAGAGAAAUAACAUUCAGAACAAAAUGUAACAGCCCUAUGUGCCCUCCAGAUACAGCAGUGACGGAGUAUCAGCAUGCUGUUUUAUCACUGGACAAGAAAACUCUUGUAUUUGAGACUGUGCAACAGGCCCAUGAUGUUCCGUUUGGGUCAUGCUUUGAGGUUCACUGUAGGUGGUUUUUAGAAACAACUUCUGAAUCAUCUUGCAGUUUGGACAUAAAAGCUGGUGUUCAUUUCAAGAAGUGGUGCAUUAUGCAGUCGAAAAUCAAGACAGGAGCUAUCAACGAGUACAAGAAAGAGCUGGCAACCAUGCUGGAAGUGGCGCGUUCAUUUGUUAAACCAAGAGUAUCAGUGAGUGAAAUAGAAAAUAUCAUCUACCGAUCACAAUCCUUGUAUGAUCAUAUCACUCUAUCUCCACCAAGGAGAUCGAAUGUUCGCCCUUGUAUAAUUCAUGAGUCAUGACGAUGAAAUUCUUCAUCUUAAUGGAAGACUAUAUUUUGCACA